AUGACCACCGUGAUACGGUACGGCACGAGGUUGGAACACCUUCACGAAGCAGUAAAGCUAUCCCCUCACGGCCAGACAGCGCUGUCGGUAUGGAUCAACGAUGAUAUUCGCCCCCUCCCACCAAGCCGGCGCACCUGGUCCACCAUGACGUUUAUCGGAUGGUGGUCGGUCUGGCAGCUCAGUCUCACUAAUUGGCAACUGGGAGGGUCGCUCGUGGCGUCGUCGUUGUCGGUAUGGCAGACCAUGGUGGCGGUGGUUCUGGGACGGACAAUCGCCGCCAUCGUUGCGAUUCUGAUCGGAUAUAUUGGAGCCGAGUGGCAUAUCGGGUUUCCAGUGUAUUCGCGAGCCAUCUGGGGAGUCUUUCCUUAUUCAUGUCAUCGGACCGUACCCAGACAGUCUAACGUGGGUGUGAUUCUCAAGGGCGCAUUUUUCCCAACUCUACUCCGUAUUGGGCUCACAGUCGUCGGAUUCGCCUUCCAGUCCUACACCGGUGGCCUUUGCGUGACAGCAAUUCUUUCUGGGAUUUUUCCUACCUUCUUUCGAAUGUCGAAUACUUUGCCCGCAUCCGCGCAUGUCACAACUCAGCAGAUUAUCGGCUGGGCCAUCUUUAACAUCAUUUCGAUUCCCGUCCUUUAUCGCCGACCCGAGAGAAGCGAGAAGUUGAUGAUAGGAAUGAAUAUUAUGUCCUUUGCAGCCUUACUAGGCAUCAUGAUCUGGUCCUUGUCGCAUGCUCACGGCGCAGGAGAUUUGAUUCAUCAACCGUCGCAACUCCAGACCAGCGAUUCCUUGGGAUUUGGAAUCAUGCAAGGCAUCACUACGGUGGUCGGAACUCUUUCCAUCGCUCUGAGUAGGUCACCGUUCGUUUAUCCCUAUUUAAAAUAUGUUUCUGACCUCGAUUCAGCGAGCCAGAUGGACUUCUCUCGAUUUGCUAGAAAGCCGAGUGAUCAAGUCUUCGGCCAAUGGUUCACAUUCAUCAUCAUUGGUUCCAUCAUGCCCCUGUUUGGCUGUUUGACGAGUUCUGCAACGCAGGCAAUCUAUGGCGAGGCACUUUGGAAUCCUCCUACCAUCCUCGCCAUCUCCACCUCGCGCGCGGCUGCUGUAUUUGCUGGAAUCGGCCUGGUCAGCUCGCAACUAGCACUCAAUGUGGUGGAUAACGGCAAGUCAUCUCCUAGCCAGUCAGUAAAAGGCUUUUCUAACUAUCCGGUAGGAUAUUCGGUGGGUAUGGACCUCUCUGGGCUCCUCCCCAAGUACAUCAACAUCCGACGUGGUUGUUACGUCGGACUCAUUCUCGGGAUGGCACUUUGUCCAUGGGAGCUGCUAGCUUCAGCAACCACCUUUGUCAGUGUGAUAUCGUCGUUCUCGAUCUUCAUGGCCCCGUUCUGUGGGAUCCAUAUCAGCGACUACUGGUUUAUCCGGCAAAGACGGCUUAAGCUCUCCGAUCUCUACCACGCCCGGCCGGAGGGAAUCUAUUUCUACACCAUGGGCUUCAACUGGCGGGGUGUCCUGCCUUGGCUUGUCGGAUGGGUUCCUCUGCUUCCUGGAUUCAUGCACAGUAUCAAUCCAGCUAUUAAGGUGUCUGUUGGCGCUGAUCAUCUUUAUGCGCUCGGGUUCCCAUAUGGGCUGCUGUCUUCUAUGGCCAUCCACACUCUUGUUAACAAGUGCUUUCCACCACCAGGCAUCGGAGAGAUUGACCGGGACGAUACCUACGGAACGUUUACGGUCGAGGAGGCUGCAAAAUUAGGCGUCAACAAAGAUUCCACGGAGGAGGACAGUGACAGGUCUCUCAGGCGUGAGAGUCGAGAAGUUGUUGAAACCAAGGUUUAG